CUCUAUGAGAGUCGAGGCUAACCCUGUUUCCAAAGCCGUCUUUCCCAUGGAUGUCGACGCGUCCUCUAUCCCGUCCGUCGGAACUAGCGAAUCGCGUGACGCUACAGCUGAAGAGAAAUCAACCUUGGAACCUAAUGUACUACGCGCAGCGCGUGCAGAUGGACCAGCAGUAGUUCAAACAGCCGGAGCAGAACGGCAAGCAGCAGCAGCAGCAGCAGCCGCAUCUGCAGCGAGAAAUGCAUUAGAACUAGAAGCGAGUGACUCUGUAGCGGGUUCUGACGGAAAGGCACCUGAGGUACUGCUAUCAGAGCGCGCCGAGAUAGUAGCCGACCCAUCUAUUGAUGCUACAGCAAUCCCGUCGGAACCGUCCCUCGCGACCGAUCCUGGUCGCGAAACCCUAGCGGAGGCUCGGGAGGCUCCAGACCUGAGGUUCGGUAGCAAGGGUCGGAGGUGCGGGUCGCGGAGGACGAGCAGCGGAAGGCCCGGCGGAGCUCUGGCUGCAGCCGCGGCAGCUGCAAUUAGCGAGUUAGCGGAGAUUGCGGCGGGAAACGAGGCGGGAAAUGCGGCGGGAAAUGCGGAUGGCGCAGCGACGGAGGAGAACAAUCGUGAAGCGCUUGGGGAAGCGGAAACAGAAUCGAUAGGGGGUGAAUCCGUACCCGGCGCGGAUAACGGAGAAGCCAUUAAGGGGGAUGCUGACAAAGGGGACAAACGCAUGGUUACCAGCAAAGUGGACAAACGCAUGGUUACCAGCAAAGGGGACAAACGCAUGGUUACCAGCAAAGAUUCCGACGCGGAUAGUAACGGGGGAAGAUGUGAGGUGGAUAGGAAGACAGAGGCGACCAACGCGCAGGAGGAGGGACGUGAGGGGGAGGCGGAAAGAAAGGGAGAGGACACAAGAGAGAGAAAAGAGGGGGGAAAGGAGGAGGCGGAACAGAAGGGCGGGGAUAGGGAGAAUGCCUCAUCCGCACUGUCCAAUGAGAAUGCUCCAUCUGCACCGACCACUGAAAAUUCCCCAUCCGCACCGUCCGCUGAAAAUGCUCAUGCGGCUGAGAUCUUUCCGUUAGCAGCAGUGAAUGGACGGUUGGCCGAUCUACCCACAGCAGCCCGAUGCCGAGGCAGGAGUGCGGGUGUUGGGAGGAAGAGUGUGGGGCAUGCGCAGUCCCCCUGGGAUGGGGAUAUUUUGGGGGGUGAUAAGAGUGUGGGGGGUGAUAAGAGUGUGGGGGGUGAUAAGAGUGUGGGUGAUGGGAAGAAGAGUGAGAAAAACAAUUCAGGAGGUGAUAAGAGCUUCGGUGCUGAUAAGAGCUUCGGUGCUGAUAAGAGCUUCGGUGCUGAUAAGAGUUCGAGCAUUAGGUCGCAGGGUGGGAUUGAGGGCAGCAUCUUGGGGUUUCAGGGGGGCAGCAGCUUGGGGUUUCUUUUAGAGGCUGUGAUUGUAGAGAGGGGAGCAGCCAUGGAAAGGAUAGGGGGGGAUGAGGGAGAAAGGGAUGCAGCAGCGAAAGAGAGGUGGGCAGAAGAGGAGAGUAGAGAGGCAGCAGAGAGGGGACGAGGAAUAGCAGGGGUAGGGGAAGAGGGAGCAGGGGAAGGGAAAGAGGCAGAAGCAGAGGAGGAGCAAGGGGCGGCAGAGGAAGCACGGGGAGCAGAGGGAGCAGAGGGAGCAGAGGGAGCAGAGGGAGCAGAGGGAGCAGAGGGAGCAGAGGGAGCAGGGGGAGCAGAGGGAGCAGAGGGAGCAGAGGGAGCAGAGGGAGCAGAGGGAGCAGAGGGAGCAGAGUUAGCAGAGGGAGCAGAGGGAGCAGAGGGAGCAGAGGGAGCAGAGGGAGCAGAGGGAGCAGAGGGAGCAGAGGGAGCAGAGGGAGCAGAGGGAGCAGAGGGAGCAGAGGGAGCAGAGGGAGCAGAGGGAGCAGAGGGAGCAGAGGGAGCAGAGGGAGCAGAGGGAGCAGAGGGAGCAGAGGGAGCAGAGGGAGCAGAGGGAGCAGAGGGAGCAGAGGGAGCAGAGGGAGCAGAGGGAGCAGAGGAAGUAGAAGGGGCAGAAGAGGCAGAGAAAGGGGCAGCAGAGGAAGGAAAAGAGGAAGCAGGGGAGGGAAGGGGGGAAGCAGACGAAGGAAGAAGAACCCGGCCCCAGAGGCAGAAGAGGAGGAGGGAUAUGGAGGGGGGCGACGACCGCGAUGAUGGUGAGGAGGGAAGAGGGGGAGGAGAGGAAGAGAAAGGGGAGGAUGCGAAAGCAACAGCAGAGGGAGAAGCAGAGGGAGCAGCAGAGGGAGCAGCAGAGGGAGAAGGAGAGGGAGAAGGAGAGGGAGCAGCAGAGGGAGCAGCAGAGGGAGCAGCAGAGGGAGCAGCAGGGGAAGGGGGAGAGAAAGAAGGGGAAGGAGGAGAGAGAGCAGCAGAGGAAGGGGUCAGGAGCCGACCCCAGAGGCAGAAGAGGAGGAGGGAUAUGGAGGGGGGCGACGACAUGUACGUGUGGGGGCUGGUGGGCCGGGGUUGGAGAAGCGCGGCUAGUAGGAGCAGUGGGGGGAAGGGAGGGAAGGUGGGGAGAGCGGAGGGGGGGAGAGGGGAGGGGGGGAGAGGGGGGAGAGGGGGUGACGAGGGUGAGGGGAGGAGGGCGGGGAAGAGAAUGAGAGGGGGACGGACGGGGGCAGUGGGUAAAGCUUCUGGAGCAGCAAUCGGUGGUGGUGCUGCUGCUGCUGGUGCUGCUGCUGAUGCUGCUGCUGCUGCUGCUGCUGAUGCUGCUGAUGCUGGGACCUUUGCUGGUGCUGGUGGUUCUAUUGGUGCAGCUGCUGGUACUGUUGUUGGUGGCGUAGCUGCCUCUAUGGGGGGGAGGGCAGGUUUUGGGACCCAGUGGUCUGGCCUACUCAAAGGCAGUCAAGGGGCACAGCAGCAGCAGCAGCAGCAGCAGCAAGCAGGCCGGCCAAGAGGAGGCUUCAGCUUUCCACUGCUCUCUCUGCCGCGCUCCACGCAACUCCACCUGCCUCUACCCAUCUCCACCGCACUCAGACCUCCUCUCCACUCUGCUCACCCUACAGUGUUCCCUCGUCCCCUCCCUGCAUCUCUCCCUACUAGUCACCCUGCCAUGCUUUCUGCCGUCCAUUUGAGCGCCCAAAGCCCUUUCCCUACGUUUGGUAUAGCUCCUGCUGCUGCUACUCCUGCUGCUGUUGCUGCUACUGCUGCUGCUGCUGCUGCUGCUGCUGCUGCUGCUUCUGCUCCUCUUGCUGCUCCUCCCGCUGCUGCUCCUUUCGUUCCUCCUCCUCAUGUUGCUACCGCUUCUCUUGCUGCCGCUGCCGCCGGUGCUGGUGAUGGUGGUGGUGGUGGGCCUGUUGCCACCAUUGGUCCUGGUCCACCUGCCACUGCUGUUUCACCUGAGCUUUCACCUGAAUCGCUGCUUGUGGUGUCUGAAACGAAGGCAGCCAGGUUGCUUCUACUGGGUCCUUCCCAUGCCACUGAUGUUGCUCAAGGGCUGCUGUCUCUAGUGCAGUUUGAGAUUCGGGGGCUUCGAAUCGUUCACAAGCUAGGGUCCCCCCUCCCCCAGUCCGCCCAUCCACCGGGCUACGAGAAAGCAGGCUCUAUCCGCUGUGACAUCUGCACCACUUCGUGUGCUCGACUACCGUUGACUGUUAUUGGGUCGUCCGACGUUCUACAGCAUGACGUCUGCACCACCACCACCACCACCACCACCACCACCACCGCCGCCGCCGCCGCCGCCACCACCACCACCACCACCACCGCCGCCGCCGCCGCCGCCACCACCACCACAACCACCACCACCACCACCACAACCACCACCACCACCACCACCACAACCACCACCACCACCACCACCACAACCACCACCACCACCACCACCACCACCACAACCACCACCACCACCACCACCACCACCACCACCACCACAACCACCACCACCACCACCACCACCACCACCACCACCACAACCACCACCACCACCACCACCACCACCACCACCACCACCACACCACCACCACCACCACCACCACCACCACCACCACCACCACCACCACCACCACCACCACCACCACCACCACCACCACCACCACCACCACCACCACCACCACCACCACCACCACCACCACCGCCGCCGCCGCCGCCGCCACCACCACCACAACCACCACCACCACCACCACCACCACCACCACCACCACCACCACCACCACCACCACCGCCGCCGCCGCCGCCGCCACCACCACCACAACCACCACCACCACCACCACCACCACCACCACCACCACCACCACCACCACCACCACCACCACCACCGCCGCCGCCGCCGCCGCCACCACCACCACAACCACCACCACCCCACCACCACCACCACCACCACCACCACCACCACCACCACCACCACCACCACCGCCGCCGCCGCCGCCGCCACCACCACCACAACCACCACCACCACCACCACCACCACCACCACCACCACCACCACCACCACCACCACCUCGCGCUUCUAAACGCCCUUCGCAUGCACCUGCUGCACCUCUGCUCCCCACCUCCCCGCUCUCCGCCUCCCCCCUCUCCACCUCCCCCCACUCCACCUCCCCCCACUCCACCUCCCCCCACUCCACCUCCCCCCACUCCACCUCCCCCCACUCCACCUCCCCCCACUCCACCUCCCCCCACUCCACCUCCCCCCUCUCCACCGUCCCCUCCUGUUGCCCUUCCCCCUUCACCAUCUCCUGCUACUGCUGCUCCUCCUGCAGCUGCUGUUACAGUGCCUGCUACAGUAGCUGCUGCUGUGGUGUCAGCUACAGUGUCAGCUCGAGUACCUGCUACAGUACCUGCUGCAGUGUAUGCUACAGUGUCAGCCCCAGUAGCACCUGUUAGCGAUGCACCUACCCCAGUCCCUGUUUCAACAGGCGGGCAGGCAAACGGGCAGAUGAACGGGCAGAUGAAUGGGCAGAUGAAGGGGCAGCUGAAGGGGCAGCUGAAGAGUCAGUCACGCAACAGCAACAACAGUAACGUCAGUAGUAACAGCAGUGGAAGAAGUGUUUGCCACAUGAGCAGCAUCCGUGUUGAGCUGAUUGCAGAAGAGCAUCUCUAUGUUCGCCCCUCUGUGCUCUCCGCUGUUCUCAGCACCACACACGGCGCCUCUAGUUCGGAGGCGCCUCAAGUAGCGCCUCUCGAUGCACGCCCCCCUGUGCACUCUGCUGCUGUCAAGCCCACACACGGCACCUCUGCCUCGUCUCUCUUACCUUCUCCUGAACCCUUUUCCCCGGAGGGGGAUGGAGGCAACGGCACAUGGAACAUGGAAGGAGGGAGAGAAAAGGGUCCACGUGGCAUGGAGGAGAAAGGUCCACAUGGCGGGCUAACACAGUGCCAGGUGUCCUUGCCAGCAUGGAUGUACCAUAUCAUUCGCCAGCUGGCGUUGACCCCCACGCAGCCGUCCCCUUCCCGCCGCCUCCUCCGGCUCGGCAUUGUGGGGGUAGAUGGGUUUUUGGUUCAUGCGGCAUCGGUAGCCGGGAAGGGAGAUGCUGCAGCAGCGACAGCACUAGCAGCAGCAGCUGUAGCAGGAACGGCUGCCAUACUAGUACCUGCAGCACCAGCAGCACCUGCAGCACCUGCACCUGCAGCACCAGCAGCUCCAACACGUGUAGCAGGAAAAGUAGACACUGCAGGGGCCACUGAGGGAGCAGCCACUGCAGGAGCUUCAGCGGGUGAUGGUUCCAGGGACGACUUGAUCGCAGCAAGUGGACCUGCAGCUGGUGCUGAUGUGAGUGAUGCAGCUAGUGCUGGUGGUUCUGUAGCACAUGUGACAGUAGCGGAUGGUGCUGUAGCAAAUGGGGCACCGGACCUUGCAGGAGCUUCAGCGGGUGAUUGUAGCAGAGGCGGUUUGACUGUAGUAAGUGGAGCAGCAGCUGGUGGGAGUGGCGCAGAUGGUGCUGUAGCCGAUGGGGCAGCAGCGGAUGGGGCUGUAGCAGAUGGUACCAAACGCAGUUUGACUGUAGCGAAUGGAGCAGCAGCUGGUGUGAGUGUAGCAGAUGGUGGUGUCACCGAUGAGGCUGCACCAGGUGUGACUAUAGCAGAUAUGACUGUGGCAGAUGGUGCUGUAGUAGAUGGGGCUGCACCAGGUGUGACUGCAGCAGAUGUGACAGUAGCGAGGGCAGGCAUGGAGGAGCUUCAGUGGUGGCUGCGCUCCGUGCCCGCCACUCGCAGAGAGAGAUUGGCCAAGGAGAAACAGACCAACGAAAUCCGGGUGAAUAAGCGGGCACGGUACGGGGUGGUGGCUGGAGAAAGGGAGAUGAAGAGGCAGAGGGGAUCCAAGGAGGUUUCUAAGAAUGGGGCCCUGGGUUUGCAGGGAGAGGAGACGCCUGGUAGUGAGGAGGCUAAAAAGGAGGGGCAGGGUGUGCAGCAAGAGGUCGAAGGGGUGAAAGUUCGAGGAAAGAGGGGGAGUGAGGACGACGAGGAGUUAGGAGGGGAACAGGGGGGAAUGGUGGAGAGGAGGGGGGUGAUGAGAACUAGCAUGAUUGAGCCAUCAGAUGUAGUUGUACCUGUAGAUACGAUGGGAUCUUUUGGUAUGGUGGAGCAACAACUUUUGGGCGCACUGGUGCGAAAGCAUGCUCGGGCAGCCAUGAAACCCAUUCCAAGGUGCGUGAGACGAAGGCGAAAGGUUCUAAAGGAGGAUGCUUGCCAAGAUGUGUAGCGGAGUACCCAAUGUGUGGGUGGGGGGAAGGGGAAUGGGGAUAUAUCAUGGCAAUGCAUUGUCAAUCGUAUGGUGUUAGAAAGAUUAUCAAAUGCAGCUUCCAUGUAUUGAAGUAAACCACGUGUUUAGGGUGCUGUCAAGUAUGCUUCAACACCAUGAUGGCAUGAAGGCUAGUAAUGCCUAUACCUGUCGAGAGACCCGCUAGGGUUGCCCUUGAGAUCCUCGGGGAAGGGCUACAUGCCUCUCUCUGCCUGGGGGGUUGUGGGCACACUGACCCGCUACUCAUUCUUUUAGCUGAGUGGUUUGUGACUGAGUUCUGGCAAUAUUAUGGUCC